AUGUCAAUAGUAUUAUUAGGAUAUGUAGGUGUAGGAAAAACAUCACUCUAUAAUAAAAUUACACAAUCAUAAGAAAAAACAAGUGCAGGUGGAAAUCAAACAACUUUGGAGGUCUUUAAGAAAAAGUCAAGUUAUGGUGCAGGGUUUUUAGUAAUAGAUACUCCUGGGUUAGAACCAGAGUAAAACAAAUUAGAUCAUGUUGCUGGUGUUCUUUGCGCUCUAUCUGAAGGACCCAUUAACAGAAUUGCAAUUCUUAUUAAAUUUGCUAGGACAAUCACAAUUAUAGAAUAAGUUAACAGAAUGUUAAUACCUUUUAUGAAUUAUCGACACAUGAUCACAGUAAUUGUUACAGUUUGGGAUUAUUGUGAAAAAAAAGUAUAAGAAGAAACUGCAACAGAUAUUCAGUCAAGGCUUGCAGAGUAUUAAAUAAACUCAGUGAUGUUUGUUGGUAAGAAUGACACUUCUGUGAGUAUUUGUCAAUAAAUUGAUCAAAUUAUUGAUAAAUCGAAGGCAGAAAAUGUGAAUUUAACAAAUACAGAAAUAUUCCAAAAUUUUGAAAUCGUAGAUUAUAAUGAUUUUGAGUUUAUUGAGAUAUGGAAUGAGUAAAUGUAUUUUAAAGGAUAUUACAGAAAGUUGUAUUAUACAAUCAAAAACUUUAUAUAGUAUCUCGAUUGGCAAAAUGAAAUAUUAAUAGAUUGUUUUUAUGUAAUAGCUUAGUUUGUAAAAUAAUCGUUAGAGAUAACUAUCAAAAAAUUUGAGAGCUCUGCAUUAAGAUGCUGGGAUUAUUUAGAUGAAAAUGAUUAACUUAAGGCUUCUCAAAUUCAUUUCUAACUUAAAAAUGAUUUAUUUUAGACAUACAAAGAGAUUAUUGAUAUUCUCGACUCCAAAGUUUACAAAGAAUAUCAACACGCUCAAUAUAUAAAAAAAUGCAAAUAUUGUGGUCAAUUUUGGUUCUCAUUAGAUAGUUGUAACGGUGAGUCAGUCUGUGGACGCGUUGAUUUAAUGGAAUAAGAAGAGACUAUUGAAGAAUUUACUAUAACUUACAUGUAAGAAAAGUUGAAGAUUGAGCAUAAAACUGUAUAUUUGAGAGAAAAAUAAAAACUUUAUUAAUAAAAUUUGUCCUAAGGGGUAGAAAAAAUGGUUCUAGGUAAUUAAACAAUCAAAGGAAGUAGGGUUGGAUGUGGAAGAGUAAUUGAAUGGGAAAAAAUGGAUACGUUGACGGAAAAAGAAUUGAGAGAAGUUGUAAGUUUUUUAGAUAUUGAAUUAUGUAAUCAAAUGAUUGAAUUUGAACGUUAAACAAAAUAAAAAACACUUAGCUAGCAAAUAAAAUAUGAAAAGGAACUUUAAUAAAAAAUAACAGAAUAAAAAUCAAAAAUGAGAAUAAUGGCCUGA